CAUUUUGACACCGGCCAUUUUCGUAUUAAUCAGAAGUAAUUCGAAUACCAUCAAAUUGUAAAAGUGAUGCCGUGAUCAGUUGCAUUUUGCGAAAGCAUAAUAUAAGAACAACAAUGGGUAACGGAAACUCGACACCAAAUUGUAAACAGCAAGAAAAACGUAAAACAAGACUGGCCAGUACAGAUGAAUAUUCCGGUAGGAAUAAAGUCCAUAAAAUUGGCAGAGGUGGCCGGACCACGAAUCCUUUCAUCGUCUUCUUCCUGCGUCUACGUAGCAAAAAGCCAAGUAAACCGGUUACAGAGAUUGCCCGCCUGGCAGGAAAGAUUUGGUCACGAAUGUCUGUAGAGGAAAGAAAAAAGUAUAUCGAUCUGGCAAAUGCCGAGAAGAAAAGACGCGAGCAAAAGAGACGCAAGCGAAAAUGCUCCCGUAGGAAAUGACACGUUAAUCUCUCGCAAACUAGUCAAGAUUGAAGUCAAAUCCUGUUCGUUGAGCGUUGACGUCCAAUACAGUCAAAAGUCAAAGCAGCGACUAUUUCGUAAACUUAAAUGAAACUUUAAAAAUCCUCUUUGAUAAUUCCAAUGAAAAGUCCCGUCUUAUAUUCUUCAUUUUCGUUUUAUUUGUUAGUAGUUUUUUUUAUAACUAUGUACAAUAAAUAUUGAUGUAUUUUUACACUA